UUCUGCUCCCAGGUAAAGCUGAUGAGCACAACCGAUAUUCUUGUAUCUGUUCACGGUGCUCAGCUCACCAACAUGAUUUUCAUGAAUCCUGGGAGCAGAAUUCUUGAGGCAUUUCCCCAGGGCUGGUUGCAGCUUGCAGGGAACGGUCAAUUCAUCUACAAGCACCUGGCUGACUGGGCCGGCCUUGGGCAUGAAGGCUAUUGGAGAGACGGAGGGACGGCCAAAUGCCCCAUGGAUUCUUCCAGUCCAGGACAAUGCUUCAGCCUUCAUUACAAAAACAAGCCUGUGGGAAUCAACUCGACAUUUAUUGUAAAGUGGCUGGCAGAAGUCCUGUCAAACUUUUCUUGCACAGCCCGGGCAUCUUUGACAAAACAGGAAUGCAAAUGUAGCGUCGAGCCUGGGGCUGAUGAUAGGCUAAGCUAAAUAAUAAGGCCCAUUCUCCA